AUGUUCGGGAAGCUUUGGAGAAGCAGGCGGCUGAGCCUGCACCGGCAAAACGCCGCCGCACAUUCGGGACACUUUGGAGAAGUAAGCGAAAAGGACAGACAACGGAACCAAAGUGCAGAGACGCCACCGCCCGAAAUGUGGCUCGAAGAGGAAGCGGUGCUCCCAGAGGAGUACUUGGAGCUUAAAGGAGCGAUCGAUGUGUCGGGCUGGGGUGCCGUGGAAUGGGCUGGAAACUACACGCUGCUCCACUGGGCAGCAGCGAUGAACCACGCUGGUCUUUGCGAACACUUUCUCAGGUUGAGGGCCGACCCACUGGUCCGAGAUGAUGCGGGGAGGACCUCGUUGGACUAUGCUGUUCUGCAUCAGCACAAGGACGUGGCGAUGGUGAUGAUAAAUGCUGUGGCGACAAACGUUCAGAGGCCUGAAGCAAGCGUGGUGCGGACAGCAUCGGUUCAAGAAAAAGCCGAAAUGUCGGGUGCGCAGAAGAUGAAGUCAACAGCUUGCCAUUGCUGUCAGCAGCUGCCCUCUGUCAUGAAAGAACCCGCGUCCUACCGCUUCGUUUUACUGCUUCGUUCUACUGCUUUGCUUACUGCUUCGCGGGUGCUUCGGCUCAAGCGCUCGGCCGAGAGCACCAGCCGAGGACUCAAUGUCAAUAACUGCAUGGCUGGUGAAGUCGGCUCCGACAGGCUUCAGCGGGAUGAGUACGGAGACCUCUUCGAAGACUAUGGCUUUCUGAAGAGGGCGGAGGCUUUCAAGGGAGAGGGCAACAAGGCCUUUGCGAAGGAGCGUUUCGAGAAGGACGAUGCGCUGGAGCAGUUGUUCGCAUCCCAGAUAGAGUUAACAAUCGCCUACGACAAGUCCAUUGUUAUUGGCAAGAAGAAGUGGAAUGACAUUGUCGUCAUGAGAAGCACACUCCACUUGAACAAGAGCACAUGCUUUUACAAGCUCAAAGAUUGGCAGCAGUCUCUAGAUGCUGCGCUUGAGUGCCUUGUGGGCAACCACCGCGAUGAGAUGCUAUUUACAGAUCCGCACAUCCGCCACAAGCUGAAGGAGUCAGAGCGAAAAUCGGGUCACGCUGGGGCGACCCUCGUGGAAUUUCGUUUGCCGAGGAUCACGCGUGCAAAAGCGUGGUUUCGGGCUUCGCAGUGCUACGGUCAUUUAGACUUCCUAGACAAAGCAAAGGAUGCUCUAGCCAAGGCGCUCGAAGCAUGUGACGACCAGGGGUUGAUUGCUGAAAUCUCGCAGCACUCCCUGCGUUUGGACACCUUGGAGAGACUCCAGAAAGACAAACAGAAGAAACAGUUUGCUGGGUUCUGGGAUAAAUUCCAGGAUCGUGGUGGCUACUCGGAGGGAAAGAAUGACGCGCAGGAGUGGGACAAGCUAAAGUACUGGGAACGCUUUAAGCAUGUCGAAGAGUAUGAGGAGAGAUACUCGUACGUCGACCAAGACCAGCAGCAGGAGGACCCGAAGAAGGGACAUGCAGCCGAGUUGCUGCACCAUCUCCCGCCUGGUGCAAAGUGGGACUCGGCAGUGAAGGGCCUGACCAAGAAGAUGUACAGAAGCAUCGACCGGAGCUUUGAGGAGUACCUGGAGAAAAAAUCAGCUGGCCAAGUUGAGGAAGCAAGCGUGACAGAAGAGCCUGGCCAGUCUCCUCGAAUAGAAGUGCCGCCUGAGCCAAAGGAUGUCGUACCGCCCAGGCCGCGGCGAAAGGAGGAGACGCCGCUUGCCUACUCGCCACGCGGGGCUCGGCCAGGUGCUCGCUCCCGGGCCGCGCGCUCGCCGUCGCCACUUCCGAACCCCCGGGAGGAAUAUGCCCGGCACUACAACAGCUAUGCAAAGCAGGAGAAGGCUUGGCAAGACAAAGCUGCCGCAGAGGUGCUGGACUCGGAAGAGGAGCAAGAGUUGCAGGAGGUCCUGGUGGCACAGCUCAACACCGAGAUGAAAGCAUACAGGGUGGAUGCACAACAGUUUCAGUCUACGAAAAAGCUUCAGUGGGAAGAGAACGAGCACGCCUACGGGCUGAUGGCUGAAGAGUUGCAACAUGAUGAUUUGGUCUCCAUCAGGGAUCGCCUCAGAUCACUGACAAAGCUGGAUGCCAAAAUGGCUGAAGAAUUGAUGCGGCUCGUCCACACGCCGGAUCUGCAUCUGCUGACAGGACUGGAGCUGAACUAUCGAUGGUAUGACAUGUUGGAUGAACAUGGAUUGGCUGUCAAUCCUGAGUUGGUUGAUGAGGAAGAUCAUCCCACUGGGCAAGGAUUAGAGCUCCUCCUGGAGCCACCUCCUUCUGCAACGGCCGCGAUGGCGCGGCUGUGGCCAUUGCUGAACGGCCCCUCGCGCAACGAGGGGCUCCCGUUGGCAACAUGGAGAUUGCUCGAGACGCCAUUGCGAUUGCCAUCUGAUGGUGUCAAUUGGCCCGUCUACAUGCAUUGCCGCCAUCACUUGAAGACAGCCACUGUGAUUGCAUUCCCGAACCACAGCUUUUCGGAUUGCAUCCUGCUUCCGAAAUGGAUGAGCAAGAACAUGCUGCCACUGCAGCUCUUCAUUGUACUUCCUCUGUGCAUUGUGGAGACUUGGCUGAAUUGCCUUAGCCAUAUCGAAGUUGUGAGAAGUGUAUUGUCUCACCUGCCGUUGAGACAAGCCAACUUGUUUAUGACCAUUGCUGGACCGCUGAGCAAAUUGGCUCGCCGGUAG